CUCAGCUCUAUUUCGGGACGAUUGUCAUCCCGGGCACCAGCCAUCGCACCCGCAGCCUCGCGUCCCAACCAGACUGGUAUAUGCUCAUCGUUAUAGGUUCUGAACGCUUUUGAUUUGUCCACAACACAUCAGCCACGGCGACGGGCACGCUCGCAAAUUAGACUUUGCACUUCGAAGGCCACUUUGUGGCUCACCUCCAGCGUACUGUAAUAGUAUUGUCACAUCAUAGCGUAUCAAUUAAGAAUCAGCCUGGGGCAAAAUAGCUGAAGCUUAGACAACACCGGCACGGAGUGGCGCCGAAAAUGGCUAAGGAAAGCGACACGAGGAAAGGGCAAAUCCAUAAGGGGCCAGUGACAGCGCCCCUAAAGUCGGUACCGGGGUACAAGCCCGUGUCGUCCAUUCCCGCGAAGUUUGAGACCAUCCUGUACACCGGGGCACGCGAGAAGAAGGGGUUCAGCGUGGAGAGCAGGCGGUUUGGCGACACCGACAACGACAACCCUGGGCCCGGCUCCUACAACUCCACACCCACGCCACUGCAUGAAUCUAAAGUGGAGUCCAUAGGGAAAAAGGGCUAUGGUCCAAUGGCCUCGGGCGCCCGACGAUUCGAGAACCGGGUAUACUACACGGGGCCAUCGCCCGGGGACUACCGGCGACAGCAGGCGCUGGAGGAUCGCAGCUUCAGUCGGGCGUCGACGUCGGCCGCUUUCCAGGACAAGUCGACAGCGCCGCGAGUGCCCAUUGAGCGCGACCUGCCGCACCUGGGUCCGGGGGCGUACGACAGCACGGGCGUGACACGCACCGGCAACCGCGUGGACUACCUCAGCCGCCCGGGCGCCUCCUCCGCCUUCAAGUCAUCUGGGGGGCACGAGCUCAUCCUGGCCGGCAACCUGGAGGCGCCGGCGUCUACCAGCUACGAACUGGGCGACCCCUGGGAAAAGAACAAGCUCUUGUCGGGGAAGGGCGGCUCCCGCGGUGGCACCUCCUCCUUUGGAGCCGGCGGCGGCCGCGGCGCCGCCUCCGUGGGCUCCAUGGCAACCAACCUGGACACGCUUCUGUUCGGGGCGCCGGUGGCGGCAGGCAAGCCCGACGCAGGGCCGGGCCCCGGCGCUUACGAGCUGCAGGACUUCGCCUCCAUCCGGUCAAAGCUCAGCCGCCAGGGCCAGCGGCCCAGCCCAGCCUUCCAGUUCCCUGAGCACUCGCAACGGCCUGGCGCCAAGCAGGUGCUGGUCAGUGCGGGGGACCGGGUGGCGCAUGACUACCUGUCGCCCUCGCACCCGCCCCUGGGCUCACGCAGCCCGCCCAAGGGCGUGUCAUCACCAUUCCGGAGUCGCAGUGCAGGCCACGCGGAAAGCAUGGAGCAGAGGUCCUACGCGGCGGCUGCCAACGCGCCCGGCCCCGCCUACUACCAGCCCAAUACAGCACUGAAGAAGUCGCACCACCGAAACGCCAAGGCAUAGUACUCGGCAAUAGCAUCAUAGCCGGGUGCAUAGAUCGCGCAGAUUUGUUUCAUAAGUGUCGCAGAGCUGAGAGUACUGUGGUUUGAUGGAGGUGGACAGGGUAGCAUGCAGCUGGUUGCUGUCGUGGAGAGUGGUUGGCUUGAGCUCAUGCAGCGAGACACAGCGGCGCUUGAGUACAAGGCCGCAGGGUUGACAGGUAUUGUGGGCCGGGGGCCGUUGGUAGCAUGCAUCGGGCGUCACCGCAGAGAAAUUUUAGGGGUGUCUGCUUUGUGCACUGACAAGCGACACUGAUGGCGGGUACUGAUAUUAGCAAUGAAGCCGAACUCUGACAGUAUUCAUCCUGGCGCAUGCCGCUUACGGUAGAGUAGGUGUUGUAGGCAGUCACGCGCUGGCAUGCAUGUACGUAUUCUCUCAAUCUCCCGAUGUUGGUGAUAAGCCGUGUGUAGGUAGGCAGGGCAUUACGGGCGGUGGUCGCACAAGGCGCACAGGGUUGCAUCCAGUCGUCUGACGUGACAUUACCGUGUGCUGUGCACAAGACACGGUAAUGCAGAGUGUGCGCAGGGUGCACGAGUGCAUCGGCUCUAACCCAGUCACGGUCAUAGUGGACACAAGCCAGUUUGGACACAAACACAAACAC